GACAAUCUACCGGUUUCCUUCAGUGUCCUCUCUGGGUUCGUCUCAUCUCAUCUCUGCAUUCAUCCACCAUGUCGUGCUCUCUCCUUACGUCAUCAUGCCUCGGUCCCAAGACCAUGACCUCAAAAUCCAUAGUUACUCCAAUUAGCUAUGGUAAAAUAACUAGCUGUACACCUAAAGCCUACAGUGUGUGUGGCUAUGAUUUUGGAGGAAACACUCGCAUCUCUUCCUCCUGUUAUCGCAACGUUGGUUGCUAUCCAGAUCUGCGUUGCAAAGUCGGUGGACUUUAUGGCAGACUGAACAAUGGAGGAUUGGGAAUCAUGUUUGGGAACUGUGACUACAUGCAGCUCAACGAGAAGACCACCAUGCAGAGCCUGAACGACCGUCUGGCAUCCUACCUGGAGAAGGUGCGCUCCCUGGAGGCUGCCAAUGCCACUCUGGAGAGGCAGAUCCGCGAGUACUAUGAGAAUAAGGGGCCGAUCUGCCAGAGGGACUACAGCGCCUACUGGAACACCAUCGAUUGCCUGAAGGAAAAGAUUGGAGCUGCUACCAUCCACAACGCCAACAUCCUCCUGCAGAUCGACAACUCUAAACUGGCUGCUGAUGACUUCAGGAUGAAAUAUAACCACGAGUUGGCAGUGCGGCAGUCUGUGGAGGCUGACAUCGCCAACCUGCGUCGCCUGCUGGACCACACGACCCUGACAAAGGCCGACCUGGAGGCGCAGAUUGAGACUCUGCUGGAAGAUCUAGCGUGUUUGAAGAAGAACUAUAAGGAGGAUAUUGAAGCACUACUGUGUCAGUUGACAAACACAAAAGUGUGUGUGGAAGUGGAUGCCGCUCCUCAGCAAGACCUGAACAAGGUUUUGGAAGAAAUCCGUUGUCAUUACGAGACCAUCAUUGAUAAACACCGCAGAGAACAGGAGUGCUGGUUCAAAGAGAAGACGGCACAACUGUGCAAAGAAUUGGCCUGCAACACAGAGUGCCUAGAAACCUCUAGGUCACAGAUCUCAGAUUUGCAGCGUACCUUGCAGUGCCUGGAGAUCGAGCUGCAGUCUCAGAUCAGCAUGAAAGCAGCUCUGGAGCGCUCACUGUUGGAAACAGAGGCUAGGUACAGCAAUAUACUAGCAGGCUUUCAGAAGCAUAUCAACUCAUUGGAGGCAGAGCUUUGUCAGGUGCGCUCUGGCAUUGAGCAGCAGGGCAGAGACUAUGCUGUACUGCUGGACAUCAAGAGCCGUCUGGAGCAGGAGAUCGCCACUUACAGAUGCCUCCUGGAAAAUCAGGGCGUUCAGACUCAAGCACAGGGAGAGGUGUUUGUGUGUACAACGCCAAUCAGUCAAAUGUAAACAAGUCAUAUGAACAACAUCAAAUUUAAACACAGAACAUAAUGAUGUCAUAAUGCAACUGUAGCAUUCUGUAUUGACUGUCGUACAUUUCAAAAUUAAAGUUGAGAAGCAAAGUUUU